AGUGACUAGUCUGAAAGGUGGAUUGUUGCUGGGCAGUGGCUGGGGGAUGAAAGGAAAGAUUAGACAUGAAGCCCAAGGGUGGAUUCAGUGCAUCCUCUAAAGGGAUAACAGUAGUUUAAAUGCCCUUGCUGAGUUUACAUUGGUCUUACUCCAAUUUCUAAACUGAGGACCUUGUGGGUAUGUGUCAGUUUGUGACUCGCUGUCUCAGGCAGUCCACACCCCUCUUGUGGUUCAUGUGAAUGUUACUAUUGAUCAGCAUAUGUUAAAUCCGGCUCUAACGGUGGUGUUUUAUUUCUAAAAAAUAGACUUGUGAAGUUCACUUUUGCACAAUGCCCAUGUAGCUGAGGAUUUCGGGAUUGACUUCUGCAAUGGCCUGUCGUUGAAAGCACAUAAACCCUGCCGUUCUGAUACUUGGCAAACAAGUGCUAAUGUUACCCCAGAUUUAGCACUAACAAAGUCUCUAGAUCUGGCACGUGCUAGCUUCCUUUGAUAUAGGCUUUAUAAUACAACUUUGCACACAUGUUUGAGGGUGCUGAUGUACUUUCCAAACAUGAAACCUCACAGCAUGCCUGCCUACCGUGAGGUUGGUGGUAUUGUUCCCAUCUAGAAGGGAGAGACUGGGGCGCAGAUGUUGAAUGAUUCUCCUGUCGUCUCACAAAAUUGGCAGAGUCAGGCAUAGAACCAGGAGUGUCCUGACUCCCUAGUCCCCUGUUCGAACCACUGAAUCGGGUUUCCUCUUCAAAUGACUGGAGAGAUUUAAAACUAGCACGGGGGGUUAUGAAGAAAGAACGCGCAUUACCGUUGGCUGUUGAGGAAAUGCUCAUGGUUGUGUAAGCUUACGGUUAUGACUUGCUGUUCAGCUGAAAAUGAGUAAAGCCAUCCAGUGGAAAACAUGGAUCUCCCCUUAACCAGUAUUUCCAGUAAUCUUACACAAACCAGUUUAAAGGGACUAAGUCAGACAAUCAAGGCCAUAAGGUUGGGUUGUCCAUUUAAUCCCUCAUAAGAAGGGUCACGACAACUUGAUUACAUUUCUGUUGGGAAGGCAUUUUGGGGUGUUGAUUUAAACCUGUCACCAAUGCACACCUGCCAGUCUUGCCGCUCAUGUGCUGCAGUAAACACAUCUGUCUAGUUUCAUGAUCCAAACUGAGCAAGGAGCAGAAAAUAAACUGUAAAAGUUGAAGCACAGAAGGUCUUCAAAACUCGUGUUAGCAAUGUAAAGGCCUGAUCCAGUAUAUACGGAAGUCAUGGGUGUCUUCCGUUGACUUCUGUGCUGAAAGAGAAGAUGGGUUUCCUAAAUGGUGCUGUAAAUCCACAUAAGUCUGGCAGGAAGUUGGGGAAAAGAAACUUCCCCUGUAAUAGUCUAUUCAUUAUUUCUGGUUUGAAUUCCAAGUAUCUGAAGCUCAGUGUUUGUAUCUAGGUCCCUCGAAUUAUGUUGUGGCUGAUGAUUGAACUCGCUAUCAUUGGGUCGGACAUGCAAGAAGUUAUUGGCUCAGCAAUCGCGAUAAACCUCUUGUCUGCUGGGAAAGUCCCUUUGUGGGGUGGAGUGCUCAUAACCAUUGCUGACACUUUCAUGUUUCUCUUCUUGGACAAGUAUGGCUUGCGAAAACUGGAAGCAUUUUUUGGCUUUCUUAUUACCAUCAUGGCGCUUACGUUCGGAUAUGAGUAUGUUACAGUAAAACCGGACCAGGGAAAGCUGCUGAAGGGGAUGUUUAUGCCUUACUGUGACAAGUGCGGUACCCCCCAGCUAGAACAAGCUGUGGGGAUCGUGGGAGCGGUCAUCAUGCCACACAACAUGUACCUGCAUUCUGCUUUAGUCAAGUCGAGGCAGGUGAAUCGUGCAGACAAGAAGGAGGUGCAAGAAGCCAAUAAGUAUUUCUUCAUAGAGUCCUGCGUUGCCCUCUUUGUCUCCUUCCUCAUUAACGUCUUCGUCGUCUCUGUCUUUGCUGAAGCUUUUUUUGGGAAGACUAAUGAACAAGUGUACAAAGUCUGCACAAACAGCAGCAGCCCCCAUGCCGGACUCUUUCCAAAUAACAACGAAACCUUGGAAGUGGAUAUCUACAAAGGGGGGGUUGUUCUGGGAUGCUACUUUGGGCCUGCUGCCCUUUACAUCUGGGCAGUUGGGAUUCUUGCUGCAGGUCAGAGUUCAACAAUGACUGGGACCUACUCUGGGCAGUUUGUCAUGGAGGGAUUCCUCAACCUGAAGUGGUCGCGUUUUGCUCGAGUGAUUUUGACCCGCUCCAUUGCCAUCACUCCAACUCUGCUGGUUGCCAUUUUUCAAGACGUUGAACACCUGACUGGGAUGAAUGACUUCUUGAACGUUCUUCAGAGCUUACAGCUUCCCUUUGCUUUAAUCCCAGUCCUCACGUUCACCAGCCUGCAUCCUGUGAUGAAUGACUUCGCCAAUGGACUAGGCUGGAAGAUCGCUGGCAGUGUGCUCAUUCUCAUUGUCUGCUCCAUUAACAUGUAUUUUGUGGCAGUCUAUGUCACCGCACUGGGACACCUUGCCUUGUACGUGGUUGCAGCUGUUGUCUGUGUUGCCUACCUGUGCUUUGUAGCAUAUUUGAGCUGGCUGUGUCUGAUUGCUCUUGGGAUCUCCUUCCUGGCCUGUGGGCAAACGCUUUCCCUACCUGCUUUAAGUGAACUGGAAGCUUAUCAGCUGGGACUUACUACUCACCCUGAACUCUUCCUUCUGAACAAUGUCGAUGCAGACUCAAUUGUGACUAGAUGAUUCCCUGAACUGCAGUAGCAAGAACAAAAACAAUUUUGAAGCCCCUUUGUGCUGCAGAAAAGGAUUUUCCUUACUUAUGGUUAGUUCAGAAACAGGUAUGGUCAAGCAUCAUGAAUGACGGAAAGAUUUCCUCCGAGAAGGAGCACAGGAUAAAACUGACAUCUGCAGAGGAGUGUCAGAUGGAAUCAGCAGACGUUGCACUUGACAUCAGCCAUGAAGGUUCUCACAGGACCAAUGAAGAGCCAGAGUCAAACCAGUUCAUAGUAUCACAUACCCUAUGGGUUUGUCUUAUCUUUAGGUACUCAAAAUAUUUUCUUUAAUCCUUUUUUUAAUUGUAAAUUAUUUGGGUAGUAAAUUAUAGAUAUUUGAAUAUCUUAUUGAUUUAGAUCUAAACUUAUUCUGCUUGGUGUUUCUUAGGUCAGUUAAAUGAUGGGACACUAACAUGUUUUCCAGUUUUUGGAAGAUUGUCCAAAUGAGUAAUGUUAAGAUUUUACAUUUGAUUUUGAAUGAUCUCAUUUAUGAAGUACACUAAGGAGACUACACAAUGAGAAAUAAUUAACUCAAAAGGAUGGGCAGAUUCUGAAGUGCAAAUCCAUUGGAGCCUAAGGAAGAAGCGUACAAGGCGUCUGUCAAAUGCAGAUUAUAUUCUGGGCAUGCUCUUCCAUUUCUGCUCCCUUCUGUCUAAAAACGCCCUCCCUAUCUGUCCAGGUACUUAGGUGCUCAGUUACUAUAGCAAUGAGUCCUAUCAUCUCAAACCUCUCUAGCCUCCACUGUGGCUAUCUGAAGAGGUCUCCUACUCCAAGAGCGUGGCAAUCCUCACUUCCCUGCCCACGUCUUCUAAGCAUCUGGCCAGUUCUCCAAUACUGAGCCGCUCUAGGAUUUUAUUUCAGGUACUUGCCUUGCCCCCCACAACUACAUUGCUGACUGCUGCGUAAGAAAUGGUAACUACAGUGUAACUGGAAUGGGAGGACACAAAGAGCUGUAUCUUUGUGCAUUCAGUCUAACUUUGUUUUCUUUGUCAUCACAUCCCAGCUUUUAUUUGACCGACAGUGCGUUGAAAUGCUUAAUUCUCAAUUUCAAAAUACAAACAGUUUGUAGAGGCAAUGCAAGUUUAGGUUUUACUCCUGACAUCAGAGGUAGGGAUCUAUAGAAUCCUUGAUUUAAGUAUCUGUCUAUACAGUUAUAGGAGUGGACACCGCUCUAUUAAGAGUGCUCACCAUGAAAAGUGCCUGUUAACUACUAAGUCCUGAAGAGGGAACUUCAAAAUUUCUUCAUGUAGUUCUUCCAGCCAUAAAUGUAACGGAAUAAAUCCAUGUGCAGUUACACAGCAGCUUCCAUCUAUAGGUGAAAUGUGGCCUCUUGUCUUAAGCCAACCAACCCCCACAGAAUGGGGUUCACUUUUCCUGGGACUAGCUUUACACAGAGGGAAUUGAACAUGAGCUUUGCAUUUUCAUGCCAUUUCAAGAAGUCUUGAAUGAUUAGGAUAAUUUCUGAGAAUUGGAUGGUUCCAAACUCAAAGCUUGAGGCCAUGAUAUUCUGGGUGGGCAAGUGUCUUUUGUUUUGUUUUUUUUUUUAAAGAAUAAAUCUUUUGCAGUUGUGCUAAGAACCCUGAGGCAGGAACUGCCUUCAAAUGGAAGAUACCCUGAAUUAUAUUUUUAUAUAUGUCUAUGUGGGCUCAGUUCUGAGGCAUCUUACUUCUGUUUUUUAAUUAAAUCUCUUACCAAUGGAGCAUUUCUAUCCCUGUGUAUUUGGCACUCAUUUAUUAAAGAUAUUGAUUACACUUGGACUUGUGAUGAACAUGAUGGAAGUCUAGACUGUCAAAUAAAUGUGUCAAAUUCGCUUUA